UACGGAGUUGAAUCAUUACUUCAACUUUUACCACAGUCUUUUCUUUUUUUUUUUUUAACACAUGUAGCCUAUAGGUUCUUCAAGUACCUUUGCCACCUCGGGUCAUUUUAAUUCUCGGUGAACGUAAUGCAAAAAAAACUCUAAAUUGCCCGUAGGUGUGAAUGUGAGUGCGAAUGGUUGUUUGUCUAUAUGUGGCCUGCGAUUGGCUGGCGACCAGCCCUCGACCCCAGUGAGGAUAAACUGUACAGAAAAUGCACGAGUAGAUAUACCAGUUGUUCAACAAAUAACCAGUAGAUGGCAGUAGUGUUCCCAGCAAACCAGAGGAGGAGAAGACGUGACGUACUCGUACUUCCGCUUGGAGCUCCGUCGCCCAUUCCGGGUCCACAAAAACAGUGACUGUCCACCUUACGUAUCUGGUGAAGCGUGUGCAUGUUUUCGGGCUUGACAAAACAUCUGGCAGAGACGCUAGAAUCACCAAAUUCAUAAGCUCACAAGGUGCUUCUUUGUUUCUGUCUGAGGAACCGCCAUGGCGAAGGUACAAGUGCAUAAUGUGGCUGUACUGGACAACCCGAGUCCAUUCGGAAAUCCUUUUCAGUUUGAAAUCACGUUUGAAUGCAUGGAAGAUUUGCCUGAAGAUCUGGAAUGGAAGAUCAUCUAUGUCGGUUCAGCUGAGAGUGAAGAAUACGACCAGGUUUUGGACUCUGUUCUGGUGGGCCCGGUGCCAGCUGGUAAAAACAUGUUUGUGUUUCAGGCCGAUGCGCCGAACCCAGACCUCAUUCCAGAGAGUGACGCUGUAGGAGUGACUAUCGUCCUUAUUACAUGCACCUACUGUGGUCAGGUGUUCAUCCGAAUUGGUUACUAUGUCAAUAAUGAAUACACUGACCCAGAACUACGAGAAAACCCACCUCUGAAACCUGACUACUCCAAGCUGCACAGGAAUAUUUUGGCCUCGAACCCACGGGUCACUCGCUUCCAAAUCAACUGGGAAGGUCUGGCAGAGAAGAUGGAGAACAACGAGAACCUGGACCCAUCUCCCAACAUCAGCGGCAUGCUCCUUCCGGACUGUCUAGCAGGAAAGAUGCCACCUCUUGGACUAAUACCCGACAAUUCCAUGGACUGCAUUUAAGAAUGGUCAUAUUAGUUCUACGGACAAGCACUUCUCACUUGUAUACACGCCAACACAGCAUCACUGUGGGACCCAGAACAGGAAAAAACAGACAUGGUGGUACAACAGAAACAUGACUGAUCAAAUAUAUAUAAUCUUUGGCCAAUUUGCAGUCUCAUAGCUGAGGUGGUCAAUAUGUAAGUCAUCGGUUACCAUUUUGAGGCCUCUGGUUGCCUUAAAUAGUUCUUAAAAAAUACAUUUGUCCUCAUCCUUGUGUACACUUGCAGCUUGCAGAAGCCAUUUAAAGCUUGGCGUAGUUAGAAAAGGUUUCUCACUAAAAAGUGUGCCAUUUUUUUCUGAACGUGUAGCAUUAUAAAUGCCAUAGAAAAAACUGAAGCGUUAUGGCCUACUUUCGGGAUUAUGUCCGAUGUGCCUUGUUUGCUUUUGCAGAAAAAAACGUGACCUCAGUCAGUCUCGAAUAAAGAUUGAAGGACAAAUUAAUACACAAUUUCCUGUUAACUUGAAAAUCUAAUUUCAUUACAUUCCAUUUAUGCAGGUCCAUAGAGAUGACAAUUAUUCCAAGCUGCAGUCAACCUUGUCCAAUUUUUGUAUGUUUUCAGGACAUUUUUGUAAUAAUAAAUUGAAAAAUAAAGUUUUUUUUCACUUGAG